GACGUCACGCGGCGGCUGGGAGACGACAUGGCGGACAGCGCGAGCGAGAGCGACACGGACGGCGGUGGCGGCGGCGGCGGCGUUGGAGGAGUCGGAGGAGGUGGAGGAGGAGGAGGAGCAGGCGGCGGAGGUGGUGGUGGUGUAGGAGGUGGUGGAGGAGGGAAGGGCGCCCUCCUGCAGCGCCUCGAGGAGCUCGGCAACCGCAUCGCGUCCCUGCAGCAGGAGAACAAGGUGCUGAAGAUCGAGCUGGAGACGUACAAGCUCAAGUGCAAGGCGCUGCAGGAGGAGAACAAGGAGCUGCGCAGGGCCAGCGUGACCAUCCAAGCACGUGCCGAGCAGGAGGAGGAGUUCAUCAGCAAUACGCUCUUCAAGAAGAUCCAAGCGCUCAAGAAGGAGAAGGAGACGCUGGCCAUGAACUACGAGCAGGAGGAGGAGUUCCUGACCAACGAGCUCUCGCGCAAACUCAUGCAGUUGAGGCAGGAGAAAGCCGAACUGGAGCAGACCCUGGAGCAGGAGCAAGAGUUCCAGAUCAACAAGCUGAUGAAGAAGAUCCGCAAGCUGGAGAGCGAGACACUCACCAAGCAGCAGACCCUGGAGCAGUUGCGGCGCGAGAAGAUCGAUCUGGAGAACACGUUGGAGCAGGAGCAGGAGGCCCUGGUGAACCGGCUGUGGAAGCGCAUGGAUCGCUUGGAGGCUGAGAAGCGGAUCCUGCAGGAGAAGCUGGAGCAGCCUGUGUCAGCUCCGCCGUCCCCGCAGGAGGUCUCCAUGGAGACGUCGGAGACCCCCGAGAACCUGAUGCGCCACAUCCGCUUCCUGCGGCACGAGGUGGACCGCCUCAAGAAACAGCUGAGGGCCAACCAGGUGCAACACUCGGAGAAGAUGGCGCAGUACCUGGAGGAAGAGCGCCACAUGCGAGAGGAAAACCUGCGUCUCCAGCGCAAGCUGCAGCGCGAGAUGGAACGGCGCGAGGCGCUGUGCCGCCAGCUCUCCGAGAGCGAGUCCAGCCUGGAGAUGGACGACGAGAGACACUUCAACGAGCUGGCUUCGCAGGGCAUCCGCCCCCGCACCGUGAGCAGCCCUGUGCCCUAUGCGUCGUCGCCCAGCCACAGCCGGCCCAUCUCUCCCGCAGGCAUCUCGCUGUGCAGCCACCCGGCCGGCUUCACUCCACCCUCCACGCUCAGCCGCUCCACGCCGCCCGCCCACCACCUCCCACCCGGCCUGCACGGCCCCACGGGCCAGGGCAUGCCUCGCCCGUCUCCGAAACGCGGGAGCAGCCCCGACCGCUUCAAGCGCCCGACUCCGCCGCCAUCGCCCAACACCUCGAGCAGCAGCAGCCAGGCGCCGCCACCCCCGCCGCCCCAGCAGUGAAGCCGCCCCCGGCGAGCUGCACGGCCCUUUCUCCGGCCACCGCAACCACAACUCCCACCACUCCCAUCGCUCUCGCCGCUGCCGCUCCCAAAACGCCGAUUUCCGGAAUGGAGUGGCUUCACCAGCGGCUGCGGUGCCGCCACGUUUUGGUUCGGAGUUUCCAGGUUGCGUGCGGUGGGUUAGCGAUCGAUCUUUCACCGUUUUCCUUUUGCGUUGUUUCUUUUUUUGUCGCCGUUAUCCGCGUGUGAUUUUCUUUGGCCGCUCUCGAACCGUAACUGUUUAGUUUUGGGGCUGGCGAAGUCUCGUGGCAGCGUCCGCGUAGAUUAUAGCGGCUCGCACCGGUCAGCACCACCACCUCUGCUUGUAGCGCGAGCGGGUUCCUUCUAGGCAAGCAAGGAUGCGGCCUAGUGCCGCCCCCUGUAUCGCUCGGCCCGGCUGGAGCCUGACUCUAGGCCUUGCUUCAGGCGUUCCCCAACACGUCCCGUCAACCGUCCUAUUUGCUGCUUGCACUGUGACACGUGUGUGGCUUGAUUUUGUUUUCAUUUUCUCUUUUGGCUGUCGAAUAAGCAUGUCUAACAUAAUCAUUUUUGUACAUGGUUUUUUGUUUUAACAGACGUGAUAGUCCGUCGGUGAAACAUUAGGGGGCGUGGUUUUUGUGAGCAGCGUUGUGCGUGUUAGCUCUUCAUCUCAGCGUGAUUCGUGUAAUUCCGUUUGACCUGUUGAACGUAAAUGUGAUCGUGUUAAGCAGCGAAAAACAAAAAUUCAAUGCUUUAUUUGCCUAAUCAGUGGAGUGAGUCGUUGAAUGUACACUAUCUGAGCACUAACCGUCAGACUAGGAAAACCCGCAAAGGGACAGUAUGAAGAAAACACGCUCGAGGUUUAAACUUCCCGUAGAGAAUCAUUGUUUUUGGAAACCCAGUGCUUCUGUGUACUGCAUGCCAACCAUACAGAGGAGUUGGGCAAGAACCCCUUGUGAUGCGACCUCUUGCAAGCGAGACCUGAGAAACCCAACUCACUCUUUUCCAUGAUGCUAUAUCCGUAGAUAAUUUUUAAAGCGCGGUUAUCGGGCUGCGGCACACAAUGAUCAACAAUUUGCGGACGAUGUCACAGGGUCUCUCUUGCACACUUUACGGCAGACGGCGCACUUUGGGAACGUUAAUGCCCCACCACGCUGUGUGGAUGCGGGAACCGGCGACGCCACUGCUACCGUCCCCGGUGGCGAAGUACGCCCACCGCUAAGCCACCCAGCGGAUGCCAAAAAUCCUUCCCCCUCUGUCCCGGUUAAACUCUUUAGACUGUCCAGGAUUGUGAGCAACCGCUGUGGACAAGGGGAUGGUCUGCCCAUUUCACUUUCCUGUUUUGUCGAAGAAACGUCCACCUUCGCCGCACUUGGGGGACACAGAAACUCUGGCAGUCAUUCGCACUACAAUUGACCUUGCUAGGGUCAGCGGGGGUGACCCAGGGACAAAAAUGGGGCAUGCGGGGGUGGGGAGGGGGGUCACUGGAACUUGUAACUGGCGCCAAAUAAAUUGGGGUGUGGAAAAUCCUCAAGUCAUCGCCGUGGCCCCCCAAAAAGACGAGUGGAGCGUGUUUGUGUUUACGAGCGGCCAUCUGGAACGCUUGUAGGUGACUUGCGCAGGUGGCCGCUUCGUAGCAGCUGUGGGAAGGGACCUUGCUUGAAAGUAGAGCUUCUAAAAAUCUCGAGGCCUGCCUGCGUCCGAUAUUUUCACGAAGCGCGCGUUCCGGAGAGCUCGCGUUCACUUGUUUACACUGCUGCUGCCGUUAUUGUUUACAGAAAAAUAACGUGGUUUGGUAUUUGAGAAGUGAUGGCCGUUUUUUUUCCCGUCUUUCCCUGAAUGAAAUGUAAUGACCCGACACUCUGGCCAAUGGUUUAACAGAAGACAGCUCGUCAAAUGAGAAUAAUCUUUCGUUCGAGUCUAGCUGUCGCGAAAGCGGCAACAAUUUGUGGUGGACAGCUUAGAGGUUUCUUUUGUGUGUGCUCGCGAUUCUAAAAAACGUUUUCUCCCAAGUAUUAUUACUUGUUAAUUCUUUAGUAUUAGUACGAAGCAGAGCAUUCUCGCAUAACGGUGUUUUUUAAGACAGGAAUAAAUAUACAAUAGCAAACGGAAACCAUGAUUUUUCCCUAAGAGUGCAAACGGCCUUUUGUUCAGCUGCAGCAAAUGUCGGACGCAGGUGUGACAAAAUAGAUUUAUCUCGUCUUUUGCGAAUGAAUGUUGUGAUUAAAAGCCUUGCACCUAGUUUCCACGAUGUCCUGACGCUUUGGUGAAGCCAGUGUUGGUGUUGCGAGCCGUCAUUCCCACGCGGCUCUCGGGACGCGCCUCGCCAAUGUUGCAUAAACCACCGUGAGUCGAGGCUUUCAUUUAGAAUGGGGGGGGGGGGGACAAAAUCGCGGGAGCGCGUUACGGGAACCCCCGGCUUCCAGCGUACGACGCAUUGUUACCCGCGGGCCGCGGCAAUGGCACAAAGACGGCGGUGGUUGUGUCGACAGACCAAAUUGAGGGCGCGCGCCCCAUCUCGCGUGCGUGCAUUGCCACACGCCGCACGCAUCGCGGUGCAAGCUUUGCUCUGCCCCUCGGGCGUACGGAAGUCUCCCCCGUGACCGCGGGCUGCGGAGCACCUGGCUUAACUCGCGCCGCGCGUCGUCUGCGCCGGUACGUCUCGCUCGGACACCGGGAGCCCGGGUUUCUUUGCUUUCGACCCCCGGAGGCGCGGGGUGGCGGCGAUUGCGAGUGAGUGAGCCUCAUCCCGUCGGGAAUGCCUCGUUCUACCCAGACGGCAGCUCGUGUUACCUCCUCCGUUAACGAUGGUCCCGUGUGCAUGCACGCUCCCCCAAGACCUCGUCCGCCGCGCUCACUUCAUCGCUUUCGUCUCCCGUUUUUUAGCUUUGCGCUUGUUUGCGCCAUGUGCUGUUGCCUAAGCCUGCUGUAGCGGCAUGCGGGGUCGUGUGUUGGUGGGCCAGCGGGGAGGAGGACGGGUAUUUCCCGUUGUUUCUGUCACAGCUCCUGUCGAUGAGGUUGAAGGAGAAGGCAGUUGUAAAGAGAGCGAAAAUAGAUAAUUAAAGUUGGUUUAUAUAUCGGAGGCAAGGGGCCUUUAAUCCCGCUGUUACGUUGAUUUUUGACAAAGUAUGGGCAAUCUGGCCGAAAUGUAUUGGCAACUUUGGCUCAUUUAUGUGAAGUCUGGAUAGGAGCUGCCUUUGUGCUAAAAAAAAUGAUUGGAUGAAACAUCCUUUACAUCAGCGCAAUGUGGCAUCAAGAUUUACUUUAAUCCAUUUGCCCUUGUUUGAAAAAUAGUCGAGUUAAUUUAGUGUGUGCGGGUUAAUCUCAUGAGCCUGAAUAAAAAAAAAAUCGUCAAAA